AUGACGAGCGACAAAGAUGGCCCAGUUGCGCCUGGAAAGACAGAACACCAUAUCUCCUUGGACCACGCCCGAAAUUUGCUGGAUGAUGUGGCAGUGCAGCAAGAAUGCCAAGGUCGAUCAGGAAGGCCGCUUGUAUGGCUCGUCGAAGGCCCUGCAGCCAGGCUAGCUGUCCAGACAUUACACUGGGUUGAUCAAGAGUUGGACGGACGGAACGAUGCACACAGAUUGGUUCUCCAGUCUACAUAUGGUGUGGUUAGAUUGCAGAACCAUCACCGGACGUUCCUCCACAGUUGUAUACUCACUGUCGCUCAAGUGGGUGGAUACUGGCUGAUUCGAAACCACGAAAUCUCCCAAGACCGCAUUCCCCACGGCGACAGGAAUCCUUUCACAUACACUGGAGUACCAGGAGUUAAACCAACAGGCGUCUUCGUUAUAUGUGCACUGCUAUACGGUGUAUUCGCGAUGCUACAAUACCACAUCAAUCGGGCGGACUACUUCCAGCAACUUUGUUUGAUCAUUGGACUUGCAGCAGGCCUUUUACUCAGUUCGUCGAUUCCGUUCGCCGUAGCAGAAUCGUCGGUAUCGAUACACACCCUUGCAGCUACAACCAGCGUGGCCAUGGCAUGUAGUGCUUAUGGACAUUGGACAUGGCGGACGUUCUUCAGCACGCGAGAGAUCAGGCUGGAGAAGAUACUCGCAGAGUGGGGAGAUGAUGCGCAGGACAUGGACAUGAAUGGGCAUGUCAUAAGAUUUUGCGAGCUGCCUUGA